UCACACUUAUUAAUUCAGUUUCCCGUUUCUUUUAUAUCUCUAACUUUUCUGUCACCAUUAUGUCUCGCUAAUGUUUCCUGUUUCCCCAUUGCCCUUGUUAUAUAUCUAACGUUCCCCAUUUCUCGUCCCCCCCCCUCACGUGGUCAGUUCCUGGUUGGCCUACUGACCUACAAAAGCGUGGCCAAAACCAUGGCUAUCGUGGAGAACGGCGGCGGAAUUCUCCGGAACGUCUCCAGCCAGAUCGCCCUGAGGGAGGACUACAGGCAGGUGCUUCGACAGCACGGAUGUUUGCAGAUUUUGCUCCACCAGCUGCGCUCACCUAGCCUGACUAUUGUUAGUAACGCGUGCGGCACGUUGUGGAACCUGUCUGCCCGCUGUGAGCAGGAUCAGACGGCGCUGAGGGACAUGGGCGCAGUCAGCAUGCUCCGCAAUCUCAUCCACUCCCGGCACAAGAUGAUCUCUAGUGGAAGUAGUGCCGCGCUCCGCAACCUGCUGUCUUCUGCUACUUCUUCCUCCGCGGAGGGAGGGAGUGACAGAUCGCACGGAGGGGAGGUGCCCGGAGGAGCAGGAGGGGAGAGAGGUGGAGGGGGGUCUCACCCUCACCAUCAUCAUCCUCAUCACCAUCACGGUGGUUCGAGGCAGGCCUUGAUGCAGGGAAGGAAGUUGUCAGGGCAGGGUUCGGAUCUGUUACAGCAUCAUCAGUCUCAGAGCGUUUCCGCGUCGGCUUCUUCGUCUUCGACGGACAAGUUUGAAGGUGUUGAGGGAUCGCCGGGCGGCGGUGGGGGUUCGGAUCUCCUGCACCGGUCGGAGAGUGAGCCUCGGAGGUUUGUCUACCACGGGAGUUCGGUGGCUGGUGGGUCAGAGGUCGUAGGUCAUCGCGGGAUGAUGGAGAGAUCGGCGGAGGAACAACACGGGGGAGGAGACGGGAGGAAACACUUGACUCGUCGACAGAUGAUGCCGCGGAACGGCAGCGAGAACGGGCCCCCGCCUCCCCCUCCCCCACCCCCACCACCACUCGGCUCGCGGGUGAGGUCGCCGCAGCGCGUGGCUCGCGCAGGCAGUCAGGACAGUGUGGGGAGCACUCACUCGGACAUCUCCCACGACCGCAGCCGCGCACACAGCAUGCUGGCCAGGUCCUCACAACUCCUGCACAAGCGCCAGGGUGGCAGUCUGGAGAGGAGGGAGUCCCCGCACGCCGGUCGUCGCCACGGCAACAACAACAGCAACCAAUUUUCCUCAUCGUCGGCGACGGGCCCGAGACACCCCACACCUUCGUCCCACCAUCAUCAUCACCCGCAGCAACAACAACAGAUGAGUUUAUCGUCGUCGUCGGCUCAGAACAUGUCGAUGAGCGGUGGUAGUCUGGUGAACAACGUGCCCGCCCACGUCUGGCGAAGCCCCGCCGCUGGCCUCUACCAGCACCCUCACUACCAACAUUUACAGCCGCAGCAACAGCUACAACAACAACAACACCAGCUGGCGUGGACACACGGUGCCUCCCCCAACAGCCGGAUCGUCCAGUACAUGCAUGAGGUAGCGCUGUACGCCGGCGUGGAACCGGCCCUGGGAUUUUCUUCCCCUGACGGAAAAUCCUCGCUGCUCACCCAAUCAGCUCCGUCGUCUUCGGGCGCCCCACACCCGCUAGCCACCCACUACGAGGUGCACACGCACCCCAAGUCGCUACGGGAACACGUGGCUGCCCCGCGUGUGUCUGCCUCCUCUGCUUCCUCCUCGAACAACGCGACGCAAGCUGCUGUCAGUUCUAGUGGACUGCCAGGUGUUGCAAUGUCGAGAGACGGUGGAGGAGAUAUGUCCAAUCUGUCCAGCCUAGAGACAGACGUGGACCAACCGGUCAACUACAGCCUCAAGUACCAGGACAGCCAGCCUCCUACUUCGGCCAUUGUGGCCGCGGGGGGCACGGGGUCCGAUCAGAACUUUGCCGGCUACGGGGGGCUGCACCACCACACAGCCAUCAGUAGCAGCAGCAACAACAGCAACACCAGCGCUACGGGGGGUUUCAGGGUCGGGCCCAGUUCGCAGGGAGAUCUGAGUCACAACAUGAUGCACGAACCGGCCGGUAGUACUGGUGGUGGUGGUUCGUUGAUGAUGAACCCGGCCCUCAUCUCGUCGCCGAUGCGUGGGAUGAACAACUCGGCGAACCACGGGCGAUUCUCGGCAGGUUUGGGCUACCAUCGACCGUUUCCUGGAGGAGGUGGAGGUGUUCAAGGUCAUCACUCCGCGAACCAGAUGCAGCCGUUUGUGAACCCAUUGUCGUCUUCGUCGAGUGUGCUACACCAUCAUGGCGGCGGCGGUGGAUAUCCCGGGAGUUAUCUCCCUUCCUCGGAAUUGUCUAGUCUGAGCAGCGGCGGCGUUGGGAACACUUCCUCUCUGCCCCCCGGCCACCUGUCGGGCUCCUCGCCGAGCGUGGUGGGUGGUGUAGGGGGUUAUGUAGUCGGGGGGCAGGGCAAGAUGUUCCACCAUGCUGCGGGGGUUCCAUUCCCCGGCUCCUCGCCCAUGCCGGCCGCCCACCAGAACAGCCCGUCGCUACGUCUGCAGACCAUGCAGCAGCUCAGCGCCUACGCCGAGACGGAUCUCGACUCUGUCGUGGAUCAGCCCACGGACUUCAGCCUGCGGUAUAACGAGGUAUCCGAGGCGGAUUGUCGAUCCGAGUAUCAGGAACAGCCCAUCAACUACUCCUUGAGGUAUCGUGAUUCUGCCGCGGAGAAUAACGCUGGUGGUGGUGGAUCUGGGGGUGGUAGCGGUGGGGGCGGGGCUAAUGUUGUGGGAGGCGGAGCAGGGGGAGGAGCUAACAGUGGAGGAGGAGCAGGGACAGGUGGCGGUCUUUCUCAUCCGUAUCGCGACGAACAGCACUGCGUUGAGUGUAAAUACGCCGAAGCGCGGCGCGCUAACGAACAGUUGGAUAACAGCUCGAACGACGAUCAAGUCCGCACAUUCUGCACCGAGGGCACGCCUUAUUUGUCCACGGCGACCUCCCUCACCGAUCUGACGCAGCACGGGAAGGAGGAGGAGGAGGAAGACGAAGAGGAAGAGGGUGAAGGUCAAAGAGGAGGAGGGGUGAAUAACUCUGGGAAGUGUCGCACGCAUCAUGACUGUCGCACGGCGAUGGCUUCUGCCGAAAGUGGUGGUGGUCGUGUGGGCAACAUCUCUAUCUCUGCUUCCUCCGGCAACAACAACAACCACAACAACAGCAGUAACAGCAACGCGUCGGCUAUCAUAAACUCUUCCUCAAUAACGGGCGAUACAACAAAAGACCUUGACGACACGUGUAAAAACACGACCUUGCUGGACGGGGAUCGCACGCUGACGGCAGGGGACAGUGAGAUGGAUGCUACCACCUCUGCCACUUCAGCGACUGCCGUGUGUGGCGGGGGUCUGAGGGUCGAUGCCGACCCCGGGGCUAGCAGUUCAGGCAGUCAGACCACGGACAGACACACAGGGUCUACCGUUGUGGUGGGGCCCGCGCUACGAUCAGCGUUUGAAUCUCAGCCAGACCCCACAGCUCGAGAGACGGGGACCUCGCUCCAUCAGAACUUUCACGCUGAUUCCAACGAGGGCGCCCUGGACCAGACCCGCACCUACUACGAGGAAGGCACCCCGGUGUGUUUCUCUCGCGUGUCGUCGCUCAGCAGUCUACACAGUAGCGAGGCGCGUCGUGACACGUCGGGGGGAAAGUCGGCCAGUCUGACCGGGGAGGUGGGUUCCCCGGCCGGCCGGGAGGAGGGAGGGACCGUGGAGGAGGAGGAGGAUGGAGGGAUGGCCGAGUCGAGGCAGGGGGAGAAGGACUCCGGUAGCCUGGACGAACCAGACACGCCCGAGGCUCUCGUCGUGUCCGUCAUCGAGAACAAGAACGCUGCGGCGACUCGGGCGGCUGGCGGGGGCUCCAGCAUGAGGCGAAAUAACCCGCCCCUGCCCAACAAGACGGAGCGCGAGAGCAAGACGGUGACCUUUGACGAAAACCACCAGGUGGAAGAGACCCCUCUGAUGUUCUCUCGGUCCAGCUCGCCCGAGUCCCUGAGCUCGCUGGACACUCAGUCGGUGCACAGCUCCGUGGUCAGCGAGUACAGUCGGCGGGCCAGCGAGGUGGUCUCCCCUAGCGAGAUCCCAGACUCCCCCAGCGAGUCCAUGCCGCCCAGCCCACGCCGCGCUCACUCCCCCACGCGAAGCAGGUUCCGAGACUUCCCCAGCCCCGCGCCCCCCAAGGGCCCCACCAAAGUGUCGCUGGAGUUCCACAAGGCCGCCAACAGCGUGAAGCCAGAGCCCUUCGUCAACUUUGCCGCCUUCGACGAGGAGGACAAACCCAUCAACUUUGCCAUGAGGAACCAAGAGAUGCCCAUGCUCCGUGGGUUCCCCGGCUUCGACGAGGAAGAGGACCGACCAAUCGACUUCUCCUCGUUCCACCGGGAACACGAGCCCCCGCCCUUGACCUUCAGCACCUUCCAAAAGCACCUCCCCGCGGUCACAGCGGCAACUGGGCCGACCGCCACCCCCAGCACGCCCCCAACCUCGUCCCAGCGCCGGACUGCCACACUGCCCACGCUAGUCGAGCAGUCGGCCGAGACAGAGUCGUCGUCUAGCAAGUCGGAGGUGCCCGUGGUCUACGCAGAGGAAGGGACGCCACCCACCAACCUCUCUGAGACCACCAGUCUCAGCGGCCUGACCAUGGACGAGGCAAGGGAGGAUACUCUGUCCGUGGAUCACCUGGACCUCCGGUCGUCAUCGGCAGUGGGUCACACCAGAGGUGGCGGACAGGGUCAGGGGUCGACAGCGGCGAUGGAGCGUAAUGCUAGCGACCCGUACGGAUACCCGGCUUCCAUGAUGAUGAUGAUGAGGAUGAUGCCUCCUUCUUCGUCGUCAGCGGCAACAACGACAACAAGUGGUGAGGCGGUGGUUGGUGCGGGUCAGAAUAUCUUGUCCCAGCAGACGUCUGUGCCCGGUUCUCUAUUGUCGGCGACAAAGACAGCGGGGGAUGAUUUGGUCCACCCACCUCCCCCGCCUCGCUCUGGGACCAGUCAACAACAACAGCAACAACAACAACAUCCUCAGCACCCACACCACAGUUACCUAGGAUACGGAGGCAGCCAGCCUCCUAACUCAUCCCACACCACCUCGCAGCAAGCAGUAGCGCUCCCCUCCUCGUCAUCAUCCUCCUUACCCGCCCCUCCCACACCCACUCGCAGGUUCCCUGCACACUCGAGAGAUCCCCUACAACAGCAACAUCAGCAGCAGCAACAACAACAACAAAACUCACUGUCGUCCCAGCCCCAACCCUCAUCACAAGAGCUCACCUCUCGGCUAACACAGAAAUCCUCGUCGUCAGAAAGCCGCGGUGAAGCUAACAAUGUCAUGGCCACUUCUUCCGGCUUUGACAGGGACGAGCUCGCAAGGUCAGGGGUCAAGGCCAUCACGGCAGCGACAAGAUCAAUGACCUUGGAGGGAGAGGAGCCGAAUCUUCCCAAGGUCAAGGAAAGAGACUGGGGCACGCAGAUGCUCCCACCGCCCAGUUCUUCGUCAGAUCUAGCACCCAAAAGCAAACCACAUCCAACAACCACAUCAGCCUCAUUAUCAGCAGCAGCAGCGCAAAGUCUUCCCUCAGCAUCACCAGCACAACAACAACAACAUCAGCAGCAACAAUCUGCGGCAACAGCAACAACAACAACAACAACAUCAUCAGCGUCUGGGGCGAGCGGCGUGAAGCCAUGGUCCCCCGCGACAGAGCAGCUCAAACAGGAAGACAAAGACUCGUCAAUGUCGGAAGUCUCCGAGGGGGAAGAGGACAUCCUGGCGCAGUGCAUCAGCUCGGGCAUGCCCACGCCCACCAGCUCGGCCCGCAAGCCGCGCCGACCCUCGUCCGACGGAAACGCCAAGAGACGAUCGUCGGGGAUCCCCACCAAAUCUGACGCAACUGUUUCAUCGUCGGCGAGUUCUUCUGUUGCCGCAGGUAAAACCGCCGCAGGUAGCGGGGGGUCAAAGACAGCUGGUGGACAUACGGGAGGAGGUCAGAGGUCGUCUUCGUCGAGGGUAGGGGCGGCAGCGGCGGCUGGGGGUAAAGGUCAGAGUUCGCCUUCGUCGUCGUCGUCCGCUUCGAAACCCCCUCGGCCGUCGGGCUCCUCAAAAAGCCAGCGACACAGUAGUGGUAGCGGUAGCAGUAAACCCGAAGGUUCAAAGUCUUCUUCUUCUUCUUCCUCCCGUCACCAGGGGAAUAGUCCGAAGUCGGGAUCGUCGUCGUCAGCUGCCAAAGCUUCAACAGCGGCUGCGUCGCAGGGUUCUACCCACAGCAACAGCCAACAGCAGCAGCAGCAGUCGGUAAAACAGCAGUCGGGCAGUCAACAGACGGCCAAGUCUGCGUCUAGACAAGGUUCUGCCACCGCACAUCAUGCAACAAAACCGUCAGCAAGCAAGAACCUCACGCCCAUCCUCAACAAGGCCGCCAAAACUGCAGCGGCAGCUUCAACAAUACCACCACAAUCAUCAACAACGACAGCGAUGACAAAGAAUUCUGGGAAAACUUCCCAGACGGGCCUACUUCCCAUGAUGCAGGACGUGGAAGAGUAUGCAGAUUUCAGCGAGGAUUACGUCAAGUCGUACGCCACCGAGGGCACGCCCUUGAACUUCUCGGCCGCGACCUCGCUCAGCGACCUCAGCAUGCUGACGCAGAGUUCCAACUCGCCGAAGAAAUCGUCGUCUUCGUCGGGGAAAUCACCCGGUGACGACGCGAAAAGCGACAACAGUUCGGUCUGUGAGGAGAGUGAGGAACUGCUUCUGUCGCAGAUGAUCCAAUCUGGCAUGCCCAAGAAUAAGAACUCGAGGAAGUCUGGCGGAGGUGGUGGUGGUGGGGGCGGGGGAGGCGAUCCUAGCGAUAAUUCAGCAUUGCCAGGUGGCCCUGACGAUAACGGAGGAGGAGGGUCGGGAAAACCCAACAGCCGAGACUGCAACCUGUCAGCGUUUGUCCCGCGCACGUCCAACCUCACCCUAGUGGCGCCCUUCACCGAUUUCAUCGCCGUGGAUACGGUGAAGACCUACAACGUCGAGGGAACGCCCAGGAAUUUUUCCGCAGCGACCUCGUUGAGCGAUUUGACGAUCGACUCGAUCGAACAUUCGAACACAGCGGGCGUUGUUUCAGCGUCUGGUAAUGGAGGAUUGCAGGCUCAGAGAGAGGGGAAAGGAGUGGGUGGGCAGAAGGUGAACAGAGCUCAGGGUAGUGGGGGUGGUAUGUCUGCUGGUGGGGGUGUCAAGAAACAGCAACGACAGCAGCAGCAACAUAAUCAACAUCAGUCGGUGGAUGUAGCGAGAAUGGGUGACCCUUAUAACAACAGCAAUAGUGGUGGUGGUGGCACGUUUUCGCCCCCGUCCAAUGACACGCUACACACGUACGGAGUGGAGGGCACGCCCGUCACUUUCUCCCGCAGCGACUCUCUCUCCUCGCUGGGCGGCGGUGAUGUGGACGACCGCUGCUACAAUGAUGACGGAUCGAUGAUGGGUGUCGCCCCGGGCCCGCUCCUCGCACCGGCACACAAACCUUCACAUGGAGGUGGUGGUGUGGGUUCGAACCUCGUGCCUUCCGGCUACCUUUCUGCGCUCUCGGCAGCGUGCGACCUUGAUGAGGCGGAGGACGACUACGCAGGCAGCUGUCUCCCGCAGGGCGAGCGCCACGUGAUUGGUCAGUCCAGCGAGGAUAGCAGCGUGGCUGGCGACAAGGGAGAUAAGCCAAUCAAAUUCACGGUGGAGGACACGCCCGUCUGCUUCUCUCGCAACUCUUCUCUCAGUUCUUUAAAUAGCUCUGAUCAAGGGGAGAGAACUUCUGGCGCGGCUGCUACAUCGACAACCGCAGACAGACAAUCCACCAACGGUCGUCCGCAGAAAGAUGUGAAGGGAACGGCUGCUGGCUCUACCGCGGUGAUGGGCCAGGGUUCGAACCCUUCUUCGUCGCAAGCGAUGGUAGGCAGGGGGCUACGUGCGAGAGAUGACAAUGAUGAUGAUGAUGAUGACGAGCUGGCCGACUGCGACCCCACACCGUCAGAACAAGCGCUGCUGGAACAGUGCAUCAACGCGGCCAUGCCGAAGUCGAGGAUCCCACGCGGCGAGGAACACGCACGCAGACACACGCGCGCUAAGUUCUCCAUACAGAAAGGUGCCGCUGGUGCUGGUGGGAACGGAGGUCGCGGUGGGGUCAACUCGAGGGGUCAGGGUCACGGAGGGAUCACGAAGAGCGCCUCGCUGGAGAUCCCCAGCGCUGUCGGUGGUGGUGGCGUGUCGUCAUCAGGGAUGAUGUUAUCGUCGUCGUCACAGUUAUCUGGGUCGUCAUCGUCUGUGUCCCGGCACCACAGCGGCAGCCGACACCACCAACACCCGUCGGGCGCCCACUCGGCUAGCGGGUCUCAGAGCUCGCUAGACGGAAGUCGCGACCUUGACCUUGGGUACAGCGGUGGUAGCGGUGGCUACUAUAACAGUGGGGGUGGGGGCUACGAGAAGCAACUGAUGACUCGUAGCUGCUCGGACACGACUGAACUGGAGCUAGAGUUCCCUCCCCCUGACCCUCACCAGCAGCACCCGCCGCACGCCCACGGCAGACGACAGUCUCGCUACAGCAGCUGGAGACGACAGCGGCGCAUGUCGCAGGAAGACGCUCACACCACGCACGGGCUUGCGCAGCCAGACUCCUACACCUCAUCGUCGUCGCACCGCGGCGGAGGAGCGGGGGAAGAAGUAGGCGGCGGGCCGCGCUAUCGCUCGCACUCCCAGGACAGCGAGAACUUCCAGAAGAUGCAGAAGGACAUCAGCAACAAGCUGGCACAGGCGAAUCGCCGAGGGGCGUGGGGCGGAUACCAGGGCUCGCUGGACUCGCUGGACGCGGUCAGGGACUGCCCCGAGGUGCAGAACUUCUACACCGAGCAGAGGGUGUCGGCCUCUAGAAGUGGCUCUGGCGAUGGUAGCAGCAGUCGCGGUGGUGUUGGUGGUAGCAGUGGUGGUCGUGUUGCCGUGGGCGACGGUGGUCGUGAUGUGGGCAACCGCAGCAGCAGCUCCAGCGCCGAGAAAUGCGACACGGAGAAGAACGUGAGUGACUUUGCCGCCAGAGUCCGCGAGAUCUCCAACGACAGUAUGGCGGGCUUGCUGGCCUUGAAGGACGACGCAGACAUCGAUGCUGCCGUGUUCGGGGGUCACGGGGUCGUGGAGGUCACAGCAGACUCAGACAUGUCGGUGGAUCUGGGUCGGGACAUCAGCGGCAUCGUCAGCGAUAUAUCGAACAUGACCCUGAAAGCCGAGGAGGAUGAGGAAGAUGAAGAGGAGGAGAUGGAAGACAGAAGAGUAGAUGGUGGGGAUGGGUAUAGAGAGAGAGGAGGGCAACUUUCCGGGAGGGAAGGAGGAGAGAGGUACAGCGAACAGUUUGAUGAGGAGGAUGUGGAGGAAGACAGCGAUGGUGAAGGGGAGGAUGAGGUGAGGUAUUACACGUACAACGAAGACGAGGAAGGAGAAGAGGAAGAUGAUGAUGAUGAUUAUCUGGGGGACGAAUACGAUCAAGUCCCGUUUUCCGGACAGAAUUUCUCGGAGGAGACCUCCCUCCUCCUUGAGGAGAACGUGAACCUUAUCGUGUCCGAGAUUCAGACGAAUAAGAUGAGCGGGAGUACGGUAGACGAGGAUCUGUUCAUCGAGAACGAGACAAUCUCGCUGGUCUCCAAUGACUACGCCUCGGAUACGAACUCGGAAGUCUCGGCGACGUGGUCCAACACCUCGGACAGGAUGAGCGAUUUCUCCUCGGCGACCGCCACCCUGGCCGACGGUCAGAGCCAGGCGCCCGGCGGCAUGGCAGCGGGAAGAGGUCGGCCCAAGAUCGUGAAACCAGGGCCCCGAGGUAGGGGUGUGAUGGGCGUGGUCGCACAGAAACAAGUGGACGAGAAGGCGGUGAGAGGGCGCAGGAAGCCGCUGUACCCCGGCGCCAAACGUGCGGUUGCCAUAGGUAACAGUGCAGGUGUUGCAUCGGCGAGAGGUGGUUUACGUCAAGCUACUAACGGCAACGGUGGUGGUGGUGCAGUAGGUAGAGGGGUAGGCGCCCCUGGUGGGCGUGGAGGGCACCAGCCAGGGUUCGGAUCCCAGCGAGGUGGUGCGGUGAACGGCGUGAAGCGAACGCCCCCUAAAGGAACAGAGCAAGGCGGUAACGUAGCUCAGGUCUCUCCCCGGGCGAGGAAGGAGGUUGGAAGUUCCAAACCUGCGAGCGGAAAUGGAAGUCCUAGAGAGAAAUCCACGACUGUUGGUGCUGCAAGAGGGCGGUUGGUGGGUGGACCGGGCGCGGGGAAUAGAGGCGCUUCCUCUUCCUCCUCCCAUGGCGGGAUGAAUAACUUGAACAAGCCGGCGGGCCGCGGGAGAGGGGGUGGAGGUUCGAACCCGGGUGGCAGGCUGUCACAGCGCGGAGUGAACGGCCAGCAUCUCCCGGCCGGCAAGACCUCACCUCCGUCUGGCGGCGCAGUGGGUAGAGUUGCCAGCGCUUCGCCGGCCAGACCCUCCAACACCUCCAUAACGCCAGGUAGGCCUGCUAACAACUCCACCGCGCGCAGAAACAUGUCUGGUCCCCCUGCUUCCUCGAAGAAAUCGGCAGCGGGGAUGAAUUCUUCCCCCUCGUCUGUGGCGAACAACGGAAAACUAACGUCGUCGCCGCCGUCGAGUGAGAAUAAGGAGAAUAAAGAACAUCAGGGGCAAGUGAUGAUGAGGGAGAAAAAGUCGUCUACCGUAGCAGCAGCAGAAGGGGGUCCGAACCGGUUCUCUUCAGGUUCGUUAGACUCUGGAGGUGAGACUGGUAACAGCAGCAGCAACCGUGGUGGUGGUGGUUCGUCGAGAACCGUGCCUGGUUCAUGGAGCAAGGCCCUGGACUCGUUCAACUUUGUGGUGGACAGCGGUCAGGACGUCCAGCCCGUCUACAAGCAGAUGCAGAUGCAGAGGAACGCCAAAGACGCACCCCCGUCGGUGCGCCGCGCUCUCAAAGCUCCCAACGGUGGUGUGGUCGCUGUGGCAGUCCCUCCCACGACUGGUGGUGGUGGUGGUGUCGGGGGGUCCCCACCCUCUGCCCUACCCACCCCACGACAAGGCGGGAGGUCGAAUCCCGGUGGGAAGGUCGGGCCAAAUAACAGUACAAGCCGACCCAGCAGCGCCGGCGAUCGUAGAUCUGGGGGCAGCGUUUCUUCCGGAGUGUCGCCCGCUUCCGGCGGCAAAACUGGGCACUCUGCGAAACCGCACAACGGGAAUACGAAAAGUCCCCAGACCCCGUCGCAGGUGGCUAAUAAUAGAACAGGGGCGUCCAACCACAGCGGGAACCGUUCAUCCAGCGACAGCCUGCACCAAGCAACCAAUCAGCAUUCAACGAGCCCCGCAGGCGGCAGUAAUGGCGUGCGGCGUGCGUCCAACUCAUCCGGUUCUGGGAUCCCGACCCCCCGAAGGUCAGACGGUUCGUCACCAUCCUCGGACUCGAACAAACGCACUCCGCCCGGCACCGUGGGCAAGAAACAGGUGGCCAGUAAAAUCGCCAGUCUGUGGAAGCGAGACGGCAGCCUUGACCGUUCCCCCAGUCGCGACAGCCCUCUCUCCUCCUGCUCCUCCUCCUCCUCGCGCCUCCCUGUCUUCACGAAGACGCCCCCAGGAGGAGCCAGCGCGCCAGGGAAGCACAAGCCCAGCAGCCUGCCUCCUUCGGGGGUGAGAGCCAAAGCGGCAACCCUCCCCACCAACUGCGGGCUGGGCAGCUCUGGCAAGUCUCACUCGCUGCUCGACGGGAUCAGCAAAAGCUCAACCUACGAGAAAAUCUCUAGCCUGACCGCGACAGGCGCUCCGAGGAACGCGGUGGGCGGUGGGCAGCAGCGGGCGGCUCCUGGCAACCUCCGGAGAGGAGGGAGCGACCGCAACAGCAGCAACAGCAACAGGAGCGGUGGUUCGGCCGUGGUGAGGAGGGAGGAGGAGAGGGGAGGGAGUUUUGACUCGCCGGAGACGGGAGUGAGGAGAGGGGAGGUUUUCGAACUUUGCAACGACGAUGAUGAUGAGGAUGUCAGCGACCGCUCUUUCGACUACGACCACGAUGAUGAUGAUGAUGUCGAGGUUGCUGCGGGGCGCUAUGAAGGAAACUCUAGCCUGGACAACGUUUUCGAUUCAUCCUCGUCAGAAGCUCGCUUUCGGGUCGUCAAGGACAGGUGUGUGGAUUCGACCAGCGACUCUGUUGAGUGGCUAGAGCCCUCUACCACCUCCUCCCUCUCCUCCUACAACAUCGACUCCAGCACUUUCCGCAAGAAGAAGAAGAGCGGACACAACGCGUCGUGUGACCUGACGCUCCCCAACGCGGACGAGACGUGUAGAUCUAUGUGUUCCUUCAACGACUCGGUGGGUUCCCCCGCGGCGCGCGCCAACCUUAGCGCGACCUCCACGUCGCUGUCCUCCAUGUUGGCGGGUCGGGAGGACGUCGGCGCCGCAGCGGAUCAGCGGGGGUCGCGGCACACAGGGGCAGACAACUCGGAGGAGGUAGACAAGACGAAGAGCUCGAAGAAAGGAAAGUCAGGGGAGGAAAAAACUGGGGGGAAGACAAAGUCGAAGGUCGCGCAGAGUUUGAAGAAACUGUUCGGUUCGGGCCGCUCCAACAAGGAGAAGGACGGCUCCACUUCCUCGUCUUCCUCCAAGGGGAAGAAUAAAUCCAGCGGCGGUGGCGGGGGGAAGCAGAAGGACUCGGGGGUCACGGUUGCUGCGGCAACGUCGUCGAACUCUCUCCUCUUGUCUCCGACCAGGGAGGUGGUGGAGGAGGAUAGAGUGCCCGCCGUGUGUCACCAGGGAGUCAACACCAACCCAGGGGCCGCGGGGUCAAAGGUCGUCGGUGGGUCGCUGCGACCCGAGCACAAGUCUAGCCCGUCGGCCAUUGUAGCACCAUUUAAUUAUAGCCCUCCGUCUGCUGCGAGUAAUAACGUUGCCGGGGGCAACAACUACAACAACAGCAGCAGCAACGAUGGUCUUAUUCUUGAACUGAAUCCUACCAGCGGUGGUGGUGGUGGUAGUAACAACAUCAUCAUCAACAACAACAACAACAACAGCAACAGCGUGAACAAUCGCACGGGUACACCGAUGGGCAUCGAGUCUUCAACAACAACGGCGACGACGAGGGUGGGUGAUAACAACGAUGAUGACGGUGGUGAUGAUGGGGACAACACCAACGACAAAGACGACCGGCCCAUGACCAAGACGGAAAUGUUGCUGGCGCGGCGCAGGAAGUCGUACCUGACGAGCACGCGGUCGGAGGAAGGGGAGAUGACUCCCGGCUGUAUGGUCACCACUGUUUGAGGGGGGUUUUGUUGGAAGUUUUUUUUUCUUUUCCUUCUCUCUUUCUCAUUCUCUCUCUCUCUCUCUCCCGCUUUUCCUUCUUCUUU